GGUUUGUGCGCGCGCCCAGGUGAGGAGGAGCUGAAUCGGAUCACCGGUUUAAAGUGAAAGUUGAGCAGCGACUGUUCAGUAAAGAGAAGAUCAUAAACAGAGAAAAGCUCAGAGUGUUCACAGAGAGCAGAAUCUGCAGUGUCUAGCUGUGUGUGAAGAGUAAAACCUCACUGAUGGAGCUUCAUAACUCCAGCAGUGGAGGAAGAACCUCUGACCCAAUAGUGAAGCGUGCAGCAUCUCCAGAACCCAGCUGUGUGUCUGUGAAGAGGUACCGGUCCAUGAAGAACCCUCCUGAAUUUAGCAGAGGAGGAGGAGAACUCAGCUGUGUGUCUAUGAAGAGUGACCAGUCCAUAGGAAACCCUCCUAAGUUCAGCAGAGGAGAAGGAGAACCCAGCUGUGUGUCUAUGAAGAGUGACCAGUCCAUAGGAAACCCUCCUAAGUUCAGCAGAGGAGAAGGAGAACCCAGCUGUGUGUCUAUGAAAAGUGACCAGUCCAUAGGGAACCCUCCUAAGUUCAGCAGUGGAGGAGGAGAACCCAGCUGUGUGUGUAUGAAAAGUAAACAGUCCAUGUUGGUGCCAGCACAGUCCAGUGGAGGUAGAGGAACCUCUGACUCAUGGCAGCGCACCUCACCAGCAGCACUGAAGAUAAACACUCUGGCAGAUAUUUACCAACCAGCGGAUGAUGUCCUUCACAGAGUCUUAGAGAGACACAAAAGCAGCAUGAAGAACAAGUAUGAGAGCUUAUUUGAGGGAAUCAGAACAGAAGAGAAUAAAACCCUCCUGAACAGGAUUUACACACAGCUCUACAUCAUAGAGGGAGAGAGCGAAGGAGUGAAUAAAGAACACGAGGUUUUACAGAUGGAGAAAACACCCAGGAGACACUUACAAGACUCUCCAAUCAACUGCUUAGAUAUUUUUAAACCUCUACAAGGUCCUGAAAGAGAAACACAAGAAGAGAAUGUUACAGCCGUAAUGGCUAACACUCUUAGACACAAAGAAAGAAAAGAAAGCAACAGACCAAAAGUGCCAGAGCUCAGACGUGUACUGACUAAAGGCAUCGCUGGAAUUGGAAAAACCGUCUCUGUGCAGAAGUUCAUUCUGGACUGGUCUGAAGGAAAAGCCAAUCAGGAUGUAGAUUUCAUGUUUGUGCUUCCAUUCCGGGAGCUGAACUUGAUUAAAGAUGAUCAAUACAGUCUUCAAGGACUUCUUUGCGACUUCCAUCCUGAGCUCAAAGAUCUGGACCCAAACAUUUAUGAUCAGAUCAAAGCUGUGUUUAUAUUUGAUGGUCUGGAUGAAAACAGAAUUCCACUGAACUUUGAACAGAGUGAGAAAGUAUCUGACAUCACCAUGACAUCAUCAGUGGGUGUGUUGAUGACAAACCUCAUCAAAGGAGAGCUGCUUCCCUCUGCUCUAAUCUGGAUAACCUCCCGACCAGCAGCGGCCAAUCAGAUCCCUCCUAAAUACAUCAACCGUGUGACAGAAAUUCAGGGAUUCAGUGAGCCACAGAAGGAGGAGUACUUCAGGAAGAAAAUCAGUGAUGAAGACCAAGCCAAGAGAAUCAUCUCCCACAUUAAGACAGUGAGGAGCCUCCACAUCAUGUGUCACAUUCCAGUCUUCUGCUGGAUCUCAGCCACUGUUCUUCAGAGAAUCAUGAAACAGCGUAAUACAGAAAUCCCUAAAACUCUAACUGAAAUGUACUCACACUUCCUGAUCACUCAGACAAACAUGAAGAAUGAGAAGUAUGAGGAGAAAGGUGAGAGAAACCCAAAGAAUCUGCUGGAAUCCAGCAGAACCAUUCUUCUGAAACUGGCUGAACUGGCUUUCAAACAGCUGAUGAAGGGCAAUGUGAUGUUUUAUGAAGAGGACCUGAGAGAGAGCAGCAUUGAUGUCACUGAGGCCUCAAUGUAUUCAGGGAUUUUCACUGAGAUCUUUAGGGAGGAAUGUGUGCUUUACCAGAGGAAGGUCUACUGCUUUGUUCAUCUGAGCUUUCAGGAAUUCUUGGCUGCUGUUUUUGUGUUUCACUGCUAUGAGAGCAGCAACAUGGAGGAACUACAGAUAUUUAAAGCACAGUACAAUGAGUGGUCUGAGGAUGAUCCACUGGGGUUUCCUCACCCAUGGUACAGAAAGAGGUCUGAGAAUGUUCCACUGGAUGCGGUGCUGAAGGGAGCAGUGAAUAAAGCAGUAAGAAGUCAGAAUGGACACCUGGAUCUUUUCCUCCGUUUCCUGUUGGGCAUCUCACUGGAGUCCAAUCAGAGACUCCUACAGGGUCUACUGACACCAACACAGAGCAGCUCAGAGAGAACUAGAGAGCAUAUCAAAUACUUAAUCAAAAGAGUUGAUGAUGAUGAUGAUGAUAAACAAGAUCCAAUCUCAACUGAGAGAUCCAUCAAUCUGUUCCUCUGUCUGUCUGAAAUGAAUGACCAGUCUCUCUCCAGAGAGAUUCAGGAGUAUCUCAAAUCAGAGAAACACUCAGAGGUGAAGCUCUCUCCUGGGCAGUGUUCAGCGUUAGCCUAUAUGAUUCUGACCUCAGAGGAGGUUCUGGAUGAGCUGGACCUAAAGAAAUACAACACAUCAGAGGAGGGUUAUAGAAGACUGAUCCCAGCUCUGACCAUCUGCAGAAAAGCUCAACUAAUUGGCUGUUAUAUCACCAAGGACUCCUGUGAAACUCUCUGUUUGACUCUGCAAUCUGUGAACGUUCUGAAAGAGCUGGACCUCAGUAAGAAUAACCUGCAGGAUUCAGGAAUGAAGCAGCUCUCUGCUGGAUUGAAGAACUCACACUGUAAACUGGAGAUACUCAGACUAGGUGGGUGUAGUCUCACCACAAAUUCCUGUGAAAAUAUAUCAUCAGCUCUACAAUCUGUAAACUGUUCUCUGAAAGAGCUAGAUCUGAGUAACAAUGACCUUCAGGAUUCAGGCAUGGAGCUGCUCUCUGCUGGACUGAAGAACUCUCACUGUAAACUGGAGAUGCUCAGACUAGCUGGGUGUAAUCUCACCACAAGUUCUUGUGAAAAUCUAUCAUCAGCUCUACAAUCAGUAAACUCUUCUCUGAAAGAGCUAGACCUGAGUAACAAUGAUCUUCAGGAUUCAGGAGUGAAGCUGCUCUCUGCUGGACUGAAGAGCUUAUAUUGUAAACUAAAGACACUCAGACUGCAUAUCUGUAGUCUUGGUGCGAAAGCUUGUGAAAAUCUGGGAUCAGCUCUACAAUCAACAUACUCCUCCCUGAAAGAGCUGGACCUCAGCAACAAUGACUUGCAGGAUUCAGGAGUGAAGCUGCUCUCUGCUGGACUGAAGACUUUAUUUUGUAAACUGGAGACACUCAGAUUGUCUGGUUGUAUGGUUACAGACGAAGGCUGUUCUUCUCUGGCUUCAACUCUAAAAUCAAACCCCUCCCACCUGAGAGAACUGGAUCUGACCUAUAAUCACCCAGGAGAGUCUGGGGUGAAGCUGCUCUCUGAUCUACUGGAGGAUCCACACUGCACACUGGAGAAGCUACAGGUGGAUCAUGGAGGGAAAAUCAGGAUGAAACCAGGACUGAAGAAAUAUGUGUGUGAUCUCACUCUGGAUCCAAACACAGUGAACAGUGAUCUCUCGCUGUCUGAGAGGAACAGAAAGGUGGAGUAUAUGGGAGAAGAUCAGCUGUAUCCAGAUCAUCCAGACAGAUUUGAGUACCAGCUGCAAGUUCUGAGUGUGGAGAGUCUGACUGGACGAUGUUACUGGGAGGUUCAGUGGAGUGAAGGAGCUGAAAUAUCACUAUCAUACAGAGGAAUCAGGAGAAAAGGAGUCAGCGAUGACUGUGUGUUUGGACUCAGUAAUCAGUCAUGGAGUCUGGAGUGCUAUAAUAAUAGUUACUCUGUCAGACACAAUAAUCAGAGAACUGACCUACCUGCACCCCCCUCCCCCUCUAACAGAGUAGGAGUGUAUCUGGACUGGGUGUCUGGCUCCCUGUCCUUCUACACCAUCUCGCCUGACACACACACACUGACCCACCUACACACAUUCACCACCACAUUCACUGAACCGCUCUACGCUGGAUUCUGUGUUCCUCCUGACUCCUCAGUGAGUCUGUGUGAGAUAAAAUAACACAGGGAGAGAGAGAGAGCAUGCUCAUGAAAAUAUGUAAGGAAUAAAAAAAAUAAGUAAAAA